GUCAGCGUAACACCUCACAAUUUUGAUACUGAUUACGGCGUAAUGCCAUACAAUGCUGAUAGUUUAAAUAGACUGCAGAUUCGUGAACAGCAGGAGCUCAAUCGGCAGCGCAAGAUACAGGAGGAGGCUGAUAAGCGACAGCACGCGGAAGCCAUAGCGCGGUCCAAGGCCCAGUACAGCCACGUGAGACCCCAAGUCUUUGCUCAACCCGAGGCCUCCGACCCGACCACUGCCCCUAACGAUGGGCCUAACGGCGAUAUCCAAAUACAUGUGUACGUGCGGGAGUGCGACGGCGAGUCCGCGCAGAAAUUCACGUAUCGCGAGCGUAGGUCUCUAACUGGCAAAUCGGAAGUGACACGGAUGCAUCCCGUGCCUACCGCCACCGCGACGUCAAACCGUGAAGAAGUUUCAUCACCUUCUGCCGGUUUAGCAUCCUCGUCGACUCUCAGCCUCGGGCGUGUGCCUAGGUAUCUCCAAAAGCGUAAGGCAGAGCUUCAGGCGGAGAAACAGGCCAUAGAGGAUGAAGCGCAACGGCGACGAGAGCUGGCUAAGAUCCCACCGGGCUGCCGCCUUGUACCCGAUCAGGAGAAGGUGGAGACUCUGAAAAGGUUGGAGGCACGACAGGAGGAAUUGGAGAUGCAGCUCAGUAAAAUUCCGAUUCGAUUUGACACUCAUUCCAUCAAAAUGCGACGACGAAAUAUUGAGGAAGAGCUGGCUCAAAUAGAAGUUGAUAAGCUCAAAUACAGCCUCAACAAAACCCUUUAUGUCCCGAUUAAUUGAAUAUCACCACUUUGCAGGCGACAUUUAAGAGUUAUAAAAAAAGCUUACACUUUACCCCAAGUCAUUGUAAUAGAAAUAGAGUAACAUGAAGAAAAAUUUAAGCAGUAUCGAGGUGUAUACAUAUAUAUAUAUAUAUAUUUGCAAGACUUGCGACACUAUAUUUCAAAGUGCGUUUGCCUCCAGCUCAACACUUGUAAUGAAAAAAGGAUUAGAUUUUAUGAUACGUGAGCGAGUGCACAUUAUUGCUGCAGUCCGAGCAGAGUAAUAUAUUUUUGAGGCCAAGGAAGGAUUUCAGUUCUCGUUAUAGAUUGUUGACGCACCUUGGGUAUGCUAAUCUUCAGGUUUUAGUUUUAUAUUCCUUUUGGUCGAUUUCUUGAAGUGAGCAAUGACCUAACAUACUAUAUCUCCUACUCUACGCAUUGGAUCAAUAAACAAGUGUUAGGAAAUCAAAGGAACAGACCUAAA